GUCAAUUAGGAUCUUGGAGUUGAUAAUCAAAAUGCUUCCCGAAUUGGAUACAUUUUCUUUGCUUUAAUGACUUUCCUCAACUAGUAAUAUGACAUUCUGUUUUUCAUGGACAAACAGGGGAUAUGAUGGAAAGACUGUGUACUGCUUCAGAAAUACAGUUUUAUGCAUCAAAUAUAAUGAUGGGUGCGUUGCAAAGAAAGAGUACUAACUUUGUGACACUUAACAAGAACUGUAAUUUAUCAUCUUGGGGUUCUGGUUGUGACCCUGGUUGGGCUUGUAGUGUUGGAAAAGACGUGGCCGUUGAUCUUAAAAAUCUCAAGGAAAUCCCAGCUAGAACUCACAAUUGUCAACCAUGUUGUGAAGGUUUCUUUUGUCCUCAUGGUCUCACCUGCAUGCUACCCUGCCCAUUAGGAUCAUAUUGCCCUCUAGCAAGACUCAACGAAGCCACGGCAGGAUGUGAUCCGUAUAAUUAUCAAGUACAACCUGGUCAGAUUAAUCAAACAUGUGGUGGAGCAGAUAUGUGGGCUGAUAUUAUUACCGGUCAUGAUCUGUUCUGCCCAGCAGGAUCUUACUGUCCAACUACUAUCAAUAAAAUUCCAUGUGAUAGUGGGCAUUACUGCAGAACAGGCUCAACGACCCAAACAAAAUGUUACGAGUUGGCUACUUGUGACCCCGGAGCAGAAAAUCAAAACAUUACCGCAUAUGGUGCUCUUUUUGUUGCUGGAAUCAUUCUCAUACUUUUUGUUAUAUACAAUUGCUCGGACCAUGUUCUUAGCACCAGAGAGAAAAGGCAAGCUAAGUCCAGAGAAGCUGCUGUAAAAAGUGUGCAGGAAACUGUACAAGCACGUCAAAAAUGGAAAACUGCAAAGGAUAUUGCUAGAAAGCGGGCAACUGAACUUCAGUCACAGUUGUCGAGAACAUUUUCCCGUAAAAGAUCAGUGAGGGAGGAAACAAAGGAUUCAGGUCAAGCAACAGAUGCUUCCUUGAAUCCCAAUCCUUCUGAAGAGAACUCUGAGAGUUAUGAUGAUUUCAACAUUGAGAUUGAGGACAAAAAUGUGAAGAAGAAACCUAGUAAGGCUAAGCACUUGCAUACUCGCAGUGAAAUUUUUAGAUAUGCUUAUGGUGAAAUUGAGAAAGAAAAAGCUCUUCAGGAGAAUAGCCCAAAUCUUAGCUUCUCUGGAGUCAUCUCAAUGGACACCGAUAGUAAAGUGACAAGACCUCCCAUUGAGGUUGUUUUUAAAGAUCUGACACUUACUUUAAAGGGGAAAAAGAAACAUCUGUUGAGGUGUGUAUAUGGGAAGUUGUCUCCUGGUCGUGUUUCUGCUGUUAUGGGUCCAUCCGGGGCUGGAAAGACAACAUUUCUUUCUGCUUUGACUGGAAAAGCUAUAGGUUGUACCAUGAGUGGUGUUAUUCUUAUAAAUGGAAAGGCUGCAGCAAUGCAGUCAUACAAAAAAAUCAUUGGCUUUGUCCCACAAGAUGAUAUAGUGCACGGGAAUUUGACCGUGGAAGAAAAUCUAUGGUUUAGCUCUAUAUGCAGGUUGCCAGCAAAGCUUCCAAAAGCAGAAAAGGUUUUAGUUGUGGAACGAGUCAUUGAAUCCCUCGGAUUGCAAAAUGUGAGAUAUUCCUUAGUUGGUACAGUUGAGAAAAGAGGCAUAUCUGGCGGGCAAAGGAAGCGAGUGAAUGUUGGGCUGGAAAUGGUAAUGGAACCUUCAUUACUGAUCUUAGAUGAACCUACCUCUGGUUUGGACAGUGCUUCUUCUCAGUUAUUACUUAGAGCACUUCGCCGUGAAGCUCUUGAAGGAGUAAAUAUAUGCAUGGUGCUUCACCAACCAAGCUAUGCAUUGUUCAAUAUGUUCGAUGAAUUUAUACUUCUAGCAAAGGGUGGGCUCGUCGUCUACCAUGGACCAGUGAAGAAAGUUGAAGAGUACUUUGCAGGCCUUGGGAUUCAUGUCCCUGAGCGUGUUAAUCCCCCUGAUUAUUUUAUUGACCUAUUAGAAGGAAUUGAAAAACUGAGCCCAGAAAUAGGAGUGAACUACAAAGAUCUUCCUCUGAGGUGGAUGCUUCAUAAUGGCUAUCCUGUACCACCAGACAUGCUAGAGCCUGCUGGAUUACCCUCUGCUGCUCCUAAUGAAGAAAAUGCAACUCUUGAAGGAACUCCUGCUACUGAGGAGCCUGAUGUAACUCUAUUAGGAAACCUGUGGCAGGACCUCAAAACUAAUAUUGGACAGAAAAAGGACCAAGUGCAACAUUAUUUCUUGACCUUAAAGGACUUGUCUGAUCGGGAAACUCCAGGUCUAUUGGUUCAGUAUAAAUACUUCCUUGGAAGAAUCGGAAAACAGCGAUUGCGAGAAGCUAUGGUACAGGCAGUAGAUUAUCUUAUUCUGCUACUGGCUGGAAUCUGUUUAGGAACUCUAGCUAAAGUGAGUGAUGAAAGCUUUGGGACCAUGGGAUAUCUUUACACUGUCAUAGCCGUCUCUCUACUUACCAAGAUUGCUGCUCUGAGGUCCUUUUCUUUGGAUAAGUUACACUACUGGAGAGAAAGCGCUUCUGGAAUGAGCAGCUUGGCUUUUUUCAUGGCAAAGGACACAGUUGACCAUUUGAACACCAUUGUGAAGCCAGCAGUGUACCUUUCAAUGUUCUAUUUCUUCAACAAUCCAAGAUCCACUAUCCUGGAUAACUAUCUGGUCCUGCUUUGUCUUGUGUAUGCGGCUACUGGAAUAGCCUAUGUACUUGCCAUCUGUUUUGAACCUGGACAAGCUCAGCUGUGGUCAGUUUUGCUUCCAGUCGUUUUGACUCUUGUGGCAAACCAGAAAAGUGACUCAUAUCUCGGACGGAUAGGAGAUUUUUGCUAUACUAAAUGGACGCUGGAAGCAUUUUUGAUAGCAAAUGCUAAAAGGUACUCAGGAGUGUGGCUAAUCACAAGGUGUGGUGUCCUAAAACAGAGAAGUUUCUUCCUUUCAGAUUGGUAUUCUUGUUUGGGUUGCCUCAUUCUCACAGGCGUCCUCAGCCGAAUUACAGCAUUCUUCUGCUUAAUUGCAUUCCAGAGGAAAUGAAUCUUUUCUUCUUCAUUUUUUCAUUCUUCUGACCGGUUUUCGUCAUCAAACAUGGAAGAGUGUUCAUAUAUAAACAACCCCUGAAAAGAGAAAACUAUGGUGUGCUGGAAAUCAACAAAAUCAAGAAAGAACUUUACAAAGGCACCAACUUGCUGCUGUUGUACAUUUACUUGUAUCUUUUUUUCUCCUUUUAAUUUAAGAUGUUUGAACAGUACAUUGGAAUCCUUUUAUCCAGUCAGAGAAAAAGAAUAGAAGUAUUUAGGUUAA